GGCAGAUUUCAUCCUCACCCGCAAUUGAACCUCGAGUCGACCCCUUACGAGCUAUUCACGAUGAGACCUUCUCAGAUUAUGCGCUCUGGUGGUGAUUCCCCUAUUGGGAAGUAUGGAAAGUAUCUUGGAGGAUGGGGCAACCUGGGCUCGCAAACACAGAGAGGCAUUAUCCACUACGGCCUCAGCGCCAACGCACAACGUCCUCUCGCCGGUACACUCAACGCAGCCAUUUUCAACACAUGGAGACGAUUUAGCCACCAAGUUCUUUACUUCGCCCCGCCGCUCAUUCUUGGCUACGUUGCUAUGAACUGGGCUAUCGAGAGAAACGAGUACCUGAACUCUAAAGAGGGCCGUCUGGAAUUUGGUGAGGAAGAAUAGAGAGAGGUCUAGUAUGGAUCCAAUGCUAAGCAGUGCUGUGUUGCGCUUUAGCCGACAGCGAAUGAUCCAAACUAAAAGGUGUUUGGUGGCUAGCAACCUGUGGUAGAAAGCUGGAUUUGGGUGUAUAGUAGUAGACUGCGCUUCAAUUGAUGGUUCUUGAAAGUCCCC